UUUUAAUCGAACGCUCACAGCAAAAUGAUCGACAGGAGAGUGUUAACAGUCAUAUUAAGUGCCAUUUUUCUUAAAAUUGUUGUUAGUCUUUCACACAAACAUAAUGUUUGUCAUUCUUGGGAUGGUUAUUACACGGAUAAAGAUUGUUAUUACAAUCCAGAUCAACAUUCGGAAUUAGCUGAAAUUGUUCAAAGACGCGGUUACACCAUCGAAGAAUACCAAGUAGAAACCAAGGAUCAUUAUUAUUUAAAAGUAUUUCGUAUCCCAAAACCUGGAAAAACCCCGAUUUUUUUAAUACAUGGUUUAUACUCUUCUUCAAUUAGUUUUGUGUUAGCGGGGAAUCAUUCUUUAGCAUUUGUGCUUGCCGAAGCUGGAUAUGAUGUUUGGUUGGGAAAUUUUAGAGGUAGCAGAUAUUCUAGAGGACAUAAAUUUUUACAUGAUGAUAGUUUCAAAUAUUGGGAUUUCAGUUUACAUGAAUUAGGAGUUUAUGACAUUUCAACUCAAUUGGAAUUAAUCAACAAAAUUACUGAAAAACCUAUCGCUUAUAUUGGAUUUUCUUUAGGAACUAUUGCAGGCCAUAUUUAUUCAGCUACUUAUCCAACUAGGGCUAAACAAAUAAUAAAAGUGAUGAUUUCAAUGGCACCUACAGCGUUAUUAGAAACUUCAAUAUCUGGUUUGAGAACUAUUGGACCUUUAUUUCCAUCAAUAGCUGCAACGGUAAAUGCAUAUUCUCAUGGAGAACUUCUUCCUCGAAACGGUGUAAUAAAAAAUGUCAUAAACAGUAUUUGUUUACCGUAUCCGCACCAGAUGAGAUCUUGCUUAGCUAUAAUUCAAUCUGGAUUUGGUUUUAGUGAAGAUCAAAUUAAUCCGGAAACACUCUCCAUCAUUUUAGCUCAAGACCGCGACAGUAUCUCAAUGAAAGUCGUUCUUCAUCAACGCCAAAUUGUUCAUUCAAGAAAAUUUCGUCAAUUCGAUUAUGGGCAUAGUGGUAAUGUAAAAGAAUAUCAUCAAGAUGUUCCUCCAUUAUAUCAUUUGAAUGAUAUUAGAGUUCCUAAUCAUUUUAUAAGGGCCAAAGGAGAUUUAUUAGGAACAAAAAAGGCAGUUGAAGAAUUAUAUCAUUACCUCCCUGAUGAUGUUCAAAAAGGCAUUUACGUUGUUGACCAUCCAACGUUCUCUCACACCGAUUUCUUAUGGGGAAAAGAUGCUUAUUAUCUUGUUUACAAACAUAUUUUGGAAUUCCUCUCUACAUUCAAGUAAAAUUCCGUUGAUACAACUUUUUCUUUAUUAUUUUAUUUUGUUGUUCAUAUUUAAAUCAGCAUUGAAAGGAAAGAAUUUGAGUGUUAAUUAAAAAAAAAACCUUAAAAAAGAA